CGAAAUCUAUCAAUCAUCAUCAACUCAAGUUAGUGGCAACAACCAUCGAAAUGUGGCGCCUUCAUUUGUUCCUAAUCCUCUCCACCUGCUUCCUGGUGCCCCACGAUGCCAAGCCCACGAAGCGAUCCCCAGUUGGAUUUUCAUCGACCCCACUGGCCUCACUGCUCCUGGAAACGGGAGCUAGCAAUGGAACCACGGAUCUACCCACAAGUACCGAAACUACGACCCUGAGGACUCAACGAGUGACAAACAUUGGACGAUUGGCUUCCAAGGAUCUGGCCGAUUUGCUUUUGGCCAGUAUGCAGGCACGGGGUGCCAACUUGACCUCCUUCCAGGAAUCCACCAUGAAAUCGCUGCGCAACGAGGCGGUCAAGGAUACGAAGGGAAACAAUGUGCUCCUGCAGAUUGGCAUGGAUGUAAUCAUUGACAUCUUGAUCGGAGCUCGUGAUAACGCCACUUGUGAAAGGAUCAUCCAGGACAUCGAUCAGUCACAGGACCGCAACAGCCUGACCUUAACACUCAAAUCGUUUUUGGCCCUGUGCUUCUUUAACGGCAUCGAAUGCGCUAAUGGUGAGGUGAGCCAAGUGAUUAAGACCACCCACUUGCGCCAAAAGCAGCAGAACAAGAUCGCUCAGGAUGAUCAUCAGCAGGCGGAGGGCUCGGGUCUUCGCACCGCCCGCCGGGUGGGCGUGAUCAAGGACGACCGCAACUCGGUGCUAGAAUUCAUGCAGGCACGCAACAUCAACGAACUGUCCACCAUCCUUAAUACUCUGCUGCAGGUGUGCGGAGCCUCGAGCGGCGAGGCACACAAAAUCAUCAGGAAUUUGCGAGAGAUGGGUCCCGAUAGCGUCAGCUUGUUGCAAGUGAACGCUUUCAGCAUGCUUUCCGUAUCACUUUUGGACAGUCUAUCGACCGUUGCGGAGGGUAAGACCAGUGGGUUGUGCUCUGCCGCCCCAGAAAGCUGGAUCGUCCGUCUGCUGGCAAUGGGCGUGGACAAAGUGGUGCUUAUGGGCCUGAUGACCGCCCUUGAUCGCACUAUUGUCAACUCCACUACCGAUGAACUUAAUAAUGCCGCAGCGCUCAACAGCAUCAAUGGUGGCGAUCUUCCCGAUUUGAAGUCUAAGUUUGACCAAAAGACAGCGGCCAAGCGUGCCAUUUUGGAUUCUGGCGUUGGUAACGACUUAAACCUGGCGCCUUCAGUGCAGGAAAUUGGCAAUCUGAAUACAAUCAAUGAUCUUAUUCUUGCCAAUGUGCCCGUUGAAGCUAAUAUCCCUGUGAUCUCAGAUAUUGAGGGUUCCAGUUUUACCGGCAACACUCUCAACCAGGGAUCUGAUGUAGUCUUUAAUGGAGAUAAAAACAAUUUGAACCGCCUAGUGGGUGCAAAACUUCCCAUUCUUGCGAGUGCUCCUAUUUUGUCCCAAAUAAACAGUGGAAGUUCAAGCUCAUCGGGCGUGGGUAAUAAUUUCAACUUGGCACCAUCAGUUCAAGCCAUUGGGAAUUCCAACUCUAUUAAUGAGCUCAUUACCGCCAAUGCGCCAGUUGCAGCUUCUAUCCCUGUGGUGAGUGAUAUUAACGGAUCUGGUUUCACCGGCAACAUUCUGAAACAGGGAUCUAAUGUGGCGAUCAACGGAACGGGAAACACUAUUAACAGCUUGGUGGGCGCUAGAAUUCCGGUUUUACUUAGUGCUCCGAUUUUGUCUUCGAUCAACAGUGGAAGUUCCAGUUCCUCCUCUUCGAGUCCAUCUAGUAGUUCGGGAUCUUCUGGGUCUUCAACGUCGGGCUCUACGGGCUCUUCGGGUUCGGGUUCCACAACUUCUUCCUCUGGCACAGCUAGUUCUUCCGGCUCGUCCGUAAUUGGCAACAAUGUGAAUGUUAAAGGCGAUACCAUAAAUGGAAAUAAGAAUUUCCUUUUCAAACUACUUGAUCUUGGUCUGCCGAUCUCCUUGGCCGCUCCGGUUUUGAGUAUCAUAAAUCAGGGCUCUUCCACUGGUUCAUCGACUGGUUCUUCCUCUGGUUCUUCUACUGGUUCAUCUUCUGGUUCUUCGGGCACUACUUCAACUGGUUCUUCGAAUGGGUCUUCAAGUGGCUCCUCAGGCGCCUCAGUGGGAAAUAAUGCUAACAUCGACCCCAGCGUUGAUAUUGUUGGAAAUAACAACCAAAUUUCCAAGGUCGUUGAUGCCAACGUUGAUGUGUUGGCAAAUGCCCCGGUCCUUAGCCAAAUAACUGGAGCUGGCUUUGCAAAUAAUCUGAAUCAAAAAUCCAAUGUACGUAUUAGAGGUAAUAACAAUAAUAUUGUGAAGGCUGUAGACGUCAAUGCUCCCGUUUUGGCGGCUGUUUCGGCGAUCAGCAGCAUCACCAAUGCCGGUGGAUCUUCCAGUGGCGGAUCUAGCAGUGGAUCUUCUGGAAGCGGAUCCUCCUCUUCGGGAGCUUUGGGUGGACUAAGUGGUCUCACAGGAGGCUCAGGAUCCUCUUCUGAUGGCCUUCUCGGAGGUCUCCUUGGCAAUGUCGUUGGCGGCGUGGUACCCGCUGUUGGUGGAGUUGUCGGCGGCGUCGUUAAAACCGUGGGGCCCGUUCUUGGAGGUGUCGUGGAGACAGUGGAGCCUGUUGUUGGCAAUCUGCUUGGCACCGUUGGCGGAGUUCUUGGUGGUGUGACUGGCGGUUCUUCAAGUUCCUCAAGUCCUCUAGGCGGCGUUACCAAUCUUUUGGGUGGUGGCAGUUCCACCUCAAACGGUUCCUUCUCCGUAAUUGGCAACAGUGCCAGCAGCGGUCCUAAUACAUUAAUCACUGGCAACAAUAACAACAUCGUACGAUUGGUGGAUGUCAAUGGAUUGGUCCUUGCUGACAUUCCCAUCUUGAGCAGCAUAACUAACCUUUUGGGAGUGACAGGACUAAUCGGAAACUCAGCCAACAAGGGUCCCAAGACUGUGGUUAUUGGUGAUAAUAAUCGUAUUGUGAAGCUGAUCAACGUUGAUCUGUGGGUGUUGGCUUUCCUCGACGUUCUCAACAUAAUCCGAGGAAGUGGAGGUGUUUGCAACCAGAUUAACUCUGGACCUAACACCGAGAUCAUUGGCAAUAACAACGAUGUGGUUCAACUGGUUGAUGUGGAUUUGAGCGUGUUGCUUGUGGUUGAUUUGCUGAGUCACUUGAUCACCACUGUGGCCAAUGACUGCAGCGGCACCACGACAGUCACACCCAUUACAAGUCCACCCACUCAGCCACCUACUGAGCCGCCAACGCAGCCUCCCACUCAGCCACCUACUCAGCCACCUACUCAGCGUCCAACUGAGCCACCUACUCAGCGUCCAACUGAGCCAUCUACUCAGGCCCCAACUGAGCGCCCCACCUAUGGGCCGCCCACUAAUCCGCCUCCCACAAAUCAGCCUCCUACCAAUCAGCCUCCCACCAAUCAGCCUCCCACAAAUCAGCCUCCCACCAAUCAACCUCCUACCAAUGAGCCACCCACCAACAGGCCACCCACCGAUCAGCCACCUACCAACCGCCCACCGUCGCCCAGUCCCAACAACUGCUAUCGCAGAUACUGCCGCAAGUGGCGCACUCGUCCCAGCUACUUGUGCUACAAGAACUGCGGUGGUGCCUUCGUCUACAAGCCCUAAAUCAGUAACAGUGCACCACCACUCCCGAAACCGAGGGAACCACCAAAACCACCGGCUGCACAGGUAUUCAAUCUUGUUAUGCGUGGCUCUGCCAGCCUCACUGCCUUUGGGCAUUUAUUUAUUUUUUGUACUUUCUAAGCAAAGGUUGUUUAAUUUAUUUAAAAUAUAAUAUAAAAAUUGAAUCAAUAA